CCCCAACACACACUUCAAUCCUCCUCCCGCUGGCCUAACACAAGGAGAAACACCUGGGGCGAGAUCUGUGCUAAACACAACACACACAAACACACACAAACCUGGAUAACAUGUGGAGCUGAUUCGGAUUACAGAGCCGCACAGACGGAAAAGGUCUGUGGAUCGCCAGGUGUUCUACCAUGCCUGUCCCCCCACCCCUCAAUCCCUGCAGACAAAAACACCUGCCCCACACACACCUCCAUCCCGAACAAAGGGCAGAACACUCCCCUCCCCUCUUUCCUCCAUCCAUCCCCUCUCUUUCUUUUCUCCCCGCUCUCCUCGUCUCAUCUUUGCCCUCCUCAUCCCAGCUCGUCCACUGCGCGUGCCCCAGGGCUCCGAAAAGAACACUUCCCGAAUCGGCCCCUUUCCCGGCGUUCCACUGGCUGUCUCUGGUCACAUGCUGCCUGCUGCCUUCACUGAUUGGAGCAGGGGAGACGUGGGGCAUGGUCUCGACCUGUCCCUUCCACUGCGUGUGCCGAAACCUUUCCGAGUCGCUCAGCACGCUCUGCGCCGACAAGGGCCUCCUUUUUGUCCCCGUGAACGUUGACCGGCGCACCGUGGAGCUGCGACUGGCCGACAACUUCAUCACGGAAGUGGGCGGGAUUGACUUUGCCAACAUGAGCGGAUUGGUGGAUUUGACUCUGUCGAGGAAUACCAUCAACCUGAUCCGACCCAUGACCUUUGGUGACCUCGAGAGUCUGCGCUCACUGCAUCUGGACGGUAAUCGCUUGAUAGCAGUGGGACCCAGGGACCUUGCAGGGUUGGUCAAUCUGCAGCACCUGAUCAUCAACAACAACCAACUGAUCAAAGUCUCCGUCCAGGCCUUUGACGACUUCCUGCUCACACUGGAAGACCUCGACAUGUCCUACAACAACCUCAGGAGGGUGCCGUGGGAGUCCAUUCAGAACAUGGCCAGUCUGCACACUCUCAAUCUGGACCAUAACCUGAUAGACUUCAUAGCAGAGGGAGUCUUUGGAGAGCUGUACAAGCUUGCAAGGCUGGAUAUGACCUCCAACAGGCUCCGCACUCUGCCUCCAGAUCCCCUAUUCGCAAGGUCCCAGACAGGUGCAAUAAGUCCCACCCCGUACAAUGCUAUCACUAGCUUAAAUUUUGGUGGGAACCCGCUGCACUGCAAUUGCGAGCUGCUAUGGUUACGGAGGCUAAUCCGCGGGGACGACAUGGAGACGUGUGCCACACCUCCUCACCUGGCUGGAAGAUAUUUCUGGUCGAUUCCUGAGGAGGAGUUUACCUGUGAACCACCACUGAUCACUCGUCACACUCACAAGCUGUGGGUGCUGGAGGGCCAGAGAGCCACGCUCAAAUGCCGUGCCAUUGGUGAUCCUGAGCCAGUAAUCCACUGGGUUUCCCCAGACGACCGCAUUGUUGCCAAUUCAUCCCGGACCAGCUCCUUCAGCAAUGGGACCUUGGAUAUCUUAGUGACAGUGGCCCGCGAUGACGGGGCGUACACGUGUAUUGCAAUAAACGCAGCGGGUGAGGCAACUGCCACUGUGGACCUGAAAAUAAUCCCCCUGCCUCACCGCGGCGGAGCAGGUGGAAACGCAGGGAAUAAUAACGUGAACACCAAAAACACCGGGAACGUGACCAAUGGGAUUUUACGGACCGAUCCGGGCUCUUCUGAUAUCAGCACAGGUAUAAACGGAGGGAUUAACAAUGGAGCAGGACGAGGAGGGGAGGCAGAGGACGGAAAGAAAGGUGGAAGUGAGGACGAAAGUAGCAAGGCCUCUGAAGGGGUGACGGCCGAUGGAGGGAGCAUGGAGGACGAGGAGGAAGAAAGGAGGGUUGGAGUACAAGGAGUUACGUCAACCUCAGCUCAGGUCCGAUGGGAUUUGGGAAGUUUGUCUGCAGUUUACGCAGUCUGGAUGUAUCAGAUACAGUACAACUGCACCGCCGACGAGACCCUCAUCUACAGAAUCCUACCAUCGACCAGUGAUCGCUUCCUGUUGAAGAACUUGGUUUCCGGUGCGGACUAUAACCUGUGUGUGCUGGCCAUUUUCGAUGACACAAUCACAUCACUAGCGGCGACAAAAGUCCUGGGCUGCGCCACGUUCUCCACUAAGGAUGUUUACCCAGCAUGCCGCUCUCUACAUGCCCAUUUCCUGGGCGGGACGCUCACCAUAUUGGUUGGCGGUGUGGUUGUCGUCACCCUGCUCGUGUUUACCGUCGCGCUCAUGGUUCGCCACCGCGUUUGCAAUCAUGGCGACCACAUGAUAUGUCACAGCGGGAACACAGAGGCAGGGGGAGGGGCCUGCUGUCAGGGUGGAGUGGGCGGGGACAAAGGGGGAAACAGUGGUGGGUGCUACCAAUCGAAUGGAUCUGGGGACGUGAUGAUGGUGGUCCUGCCCAAUGGGCUGCCGUCCAAGAGAGGAGGGGAGAAGGACAAGGAGAAGGACAAGGACAAGGAGAAGGAGAAGGAGAAAGAGAAGGAGAAAGAGAAGGAAGAGGCUGAUGCUGCUUCCUCUCUGGUGCCAAAACCCCCUCCAAAGCCCAGGCCAAAGCCGAAAGUCAACCUGGAGCAGUUUCUUUCAGCCGGGGGGGUAGUUUCCACGACAACAGGGGCAAGUGAGAUGGCAUUGGUGGUCAGGCAAAGAAAGCUGGACAAGGCGCCGCCAUACACGCCGGAAAGUGACAGAACUCCCCUGUACUAUUCCCCUUCCUCCACCCUGCCCCGACUGUCCCACUCGAGGGACCGCCCGAGGCCCCGUCUGGAGCGAGAACUCACCACUCGGGCCAGUUUCUCUCUGGCGGCCCCCCUGGGAGACUCAGAUCUGUUGGACUGGAGAAUGAGUUCCCGCAGCCGGGACAAAUGGAACUCCUCGCAGGCUUACCAGAGCCCUCUGUCCCCGCUAAGCCCCGCCUGCGGGACCGUCAGCAAACGGCGGCACUCGCUGGACAUGGGCUCCUCUGUCGCCCUAGCAACUGCUGAUGCAGCCGCGACUGUUGCCAAGCGCUAUGUUGCUGGUAAUUAUGCCAAGCGUCUGAGCGUGAUCUGGACGCGGCGGAGCCAGUCUCUCCAUGGGAUGCUUGUGCAGUGCGGCUCAACGACAAGCACGACUUCCUCGACGACCAGCGACGAGGAGAGCGGCGUGGGCUACGGAGCGCACUGCGAGUUCCAGAGGGGGUAUAUCCACGCGUACAACACCACAAACUCCAACUCUAACACUGGGAUCACUGCCGGGAAAGCGAUCAAAGACAGGGGGAGGCUAACGGGGAAGGACGGAAGGAGUGCUGAAGAACUCGAGGAAAGUGUUGUGUAGGGCGUUUGGGAAUGUAAUAAAAAAAGUUAGGAGGGAUAAAGGGUCGGUGAGAGAGUUUGAUUCAAAGAGGGCGAGUUAUGGGAGACAUUGAGGGAGCAGGACAGGAGAGAUGAGUGCAGCAAGGUGGUGAGUUUAGAGAAGAGUGAAAUUCAGAGGUGUAUUUGUGAAGCUCCUUGAGGAGAAGUAAAUAAAAAAAGGUGAAGAUUCAAGGCUCUUUACACCUGACCGUAAGAGCUGGAAAAAUAUGUUUGGGGAGACAUAUGACAUGAAAAGGGGGAAAGUAGAAGAAAGUGCUUUACCAUGGCCUUUCAAAACUGUAGGCAGUGAAAAAUGGAACGAUACAAAAUAGAAAAGAAAGGAAGAACACAAAAACAGAACUCUAGACAAAGAGAGUGACAGAUGUAAGAACAGACAGAGUGUAGUCACAGGGAGAGACAUCAUCCUAAAGGGGAACACAUCAAUAGAGCAACAGAACAAAGGUUAUUCAGCAGAGACAGAGAUGGCGUGAGGAUCUCAGUAAAGCCUGUACACUAAUAGAAGCAGACUCCUGCUAACACUUCAACUCUCCAGGGCCUCGCCCCCCCCCCCCCCCCAACACACCACCAGGGUUUACACCGGAUCAACAACAACACCGGUAGUUCACCUGGCUGACAAAUUACAACGGUAAAAAAGAUUUGGAUGACACGUCCCCGCUUUGUUAUCUUGUUUUGGACUCUAUUGCUGACGGCCAUUUUGAAAACUCUUUUUCCAAAACACGAUGAAUGUGACUUUUAUGUGUCCUCUGUGGCCGGACAAUGAUUUUGGCUGGCCGUGCCUGUGGAUUAUGGGAGCAUAAAUACAGAGCCGGGCGCAUUGGACAUGAUCAAUCGAUACUGGCUGGAAAGAGCGAGUGCAGCACAGACAUUAUUAAAAGAAAGACAUUGGGAUUACAAUGGAGUCGAUAUGGAUUACAAAAUGGAGCAGACGGGGGCAUGAUGGAGCGUGCGCGUUUCUGAAAGACCAGAUCAUAUUGCCGGAUGAUAAUGGACCAAAACCUAUGAACAAUGCUCAUGGAUGCAUACAUGUGCAUGCAUUGCUGGAUCAGGGAUAGGAUGUGUGUGUGUGUCUGUGUCUGUGUGUGUGCGUGUGUGUCUGAGUUAGUGUGCGCACAUUAUAUGAAUGUUUGUAAGGGGCAUUCUAUUCAGCCAGACUCCAUUUGUGUUUCAUGAGGUUUAGCGCUUUCUGGACAUGUCGUGAAUGGAAUACAUUUUAACAUUAGCUGUGGUCCACCCAAAGUGAAGUAAGAGUGAAAUGUUUAAAAAUCAUUUUCACCCAAACCAGAAUAAAUCACUAUUUCCAGCAAUGUAGCAUGGUCAGAAACGCUAAAGGGGGAUUUACAAAUUCAUUUUUUGUGACUUCAGACUCCUUUGUGCCACAUGGAUUCAAUUUAAAUCCAUAAAGUGAAUGUUUUCAGGAAGAAGCAGACAAAAAAAUAUAUGACAGAAUGGAAGCCAAUGACGAUAUAAACUCUCCUUCAAGACUUUGUUAAACUUAUAUGGGACGACUGAUCCGACGGCACAGACCACAGAGACUCUUAAAAACAUCUAUCAGAGAGAAAAGAGUACAUAUAUAUAGUAUAUAUAUAAAAUGAUGUUACUUGUCGCACCAUGUGUUUCUGUUUUUCAAAGUUUUCUGGGGAAUGAUGUUAGGAUCAAAUAUAAAAUGUGUGAUUUUUGGUUUUAGACAAAAAGUCUUCAUCACUAGAACUAAAACAUUUUCAACAUAACUAGGCAGAGAAAGACCAAAACAGAUAUGGAAGAGAAACAAGAUACACAAACUAGCAAUUACACAUACACCAAAAGACAAACACACACAAAGAAACAGAGGCCUAUAAAACAGAGCCAACUGCAUUAAUGAUAAUAAUGACUUUUAACCAUUACUGUUGUUUCCUUUCUGUUUUUAUUUCAUUUUGCCAAAGUCAAUAUUGUUCUCUGGACUUGAUAUAAAUAAAAAUUACAUGUAUGGAACAGAGAUGGACUCUUUAACACAAGA